AACUCCGGCGACCUGAGUUGCUGUCGGCAGAAUCACCGGUGACAUCUGACAGUGACGGCGACCACAUCAAUCAACAUAAAACUCCUUCAGUUUCAGUGACUUUCAUUAGAAACAUGCAGGGCUCACACCUUUUUUUCAUCAGUGGGGAUAAAUCCUUUGAACUCAGGAAUACAGGGGAUAAAUAUUAUAACUGGUUUUCAUUAAUAGAAAGGGGCAAGAGAUAUACAAGCAAGAUCAAUAUGGAUAUUCAGAACCUGAGAUGGGUGUGCGAAGCGCUUAUUCAAGCAUCAAAAGGCACUGGUCGACUAUAUAGAAGGAAAGGAUGAUUGGAAUCCUGAGCCUUUCGAUUUUCUCAUUGAUGGGGAACUGGUCCGCAUGUCACUUGAAGAGUUUCUCCUUGCCAAGGGCAUUUCAGCUGAGAAAAUAUUAGAGAUUGAGUACAUUAGAGCUGUAGCUCCAAGAAAACAAGAAGAGCCAUCUUUGCAUGACGACUGGGUCAGUGCAGUUGAUGGUUCUAAUUCUAAGUUUGUUUUGACUGGAUGUUAUGAUGGUUUUGGAAGAAUAUGGAAGGCUGCCGGAUCUUGUACUCAUCUAUUGGAGGGCCACACUGGUGCAGUUACUUCUGUUUGUGUUGUCAAACCAAGAGUGGCUCAAAGUGGUGCCGAUCAAAUAGUAGCGACGGCUUCCAAGGAUAGGACACUGCGGCUCUGGAAGUUUGACGCAGAUGAUUCUUCGGAUCAGACAAAGAGGAUUAGAGCCUUUAAGAUUUUACAUGGACAUAAUGCUUCUGUUCAAAGUAUUGCAGCAAAUCCUGCUGGAGAUAUGGUGUGUUCAGGGUCCUGGGAUUGCCAAAUAGCUUUGUGGCAAGCAAGUGGCUCAGAUACAGGUGAUGCAGUUUCAGUCAAGAAAAGGAAGAAGGAUGCCGAAAAGGAAGAUCCUCAAGUAGAAGAGGAGGCUAAAUCUACACUUGUAGGACAUACACAAUGUGUAUCUUCCUUGGUGUGGCCACAAGAUGAAACAAUCUAUUCAGCAUCAUGGGAUCACUCUAUUAGAAGAUGGGAUGUUGAGAUAGGCAAGGAUUCAUUAAAUCUGUAUUGCGACAAAGCCAUUAAUUGCAUUGAUGUUGGAGGUGAAGGUUCUGCCCUCGUUGCUGCUGGCGGUUCUGACCCCAUUCUUAGGAUAUGGGAUCCUCGCAAACCAGGUACUUCAGCUCCUGUCUAUGAGUUCUCAUCACACAGUUCUUGGAUAUCCGCUUGCAAGUGGCAUGAAAAGUCAUGGUUUCACUUGGUUUCUGCAUCUUAUGACGGGAAAGUAAUGUUAUGGGACUUGAGAACUGCGUGGCCCCUUGCUGUCAUUGACACUCACAAGGACAAGGUAUUGUGUGCGGAUUGGUGGAAAGGUGAAAGUGUAAUCAGUGGUGGGGCUGACUCGAAACUUUGCAUCUCUUCCGAUGUUUGUGUGUUGUGAUGUAGAGGAUUGAUAUCCCCUGUUGCAGAGGCGACUGUGCUCCAAAAAAUUAAUACAAUUUUACUAAUCGAAUCGGUUGCGUCAAGCUGAAGUUCUGAUAAUUUACUUCAGAAACAAUUUUGUCUAUGCUAACUGCAAAUGGUUUGUAUCAUGUACUCCUGUGGUGAAGCUGUAUUUCUUGGAUUUACCUUUGCAGCUUCUGGAUUUUAUUACAAGACUUUUACCCUCAAGCAAAUUGGUUCAGAGUUAUUUGAAAUUCUAACUCGAUCCUUGUAUUACAGUUUAAACGGUACCAUUUUUUUACCAUUGAGCUAUCACCAAGGAAUGUGAUAGAAAUGGUUGACAUGCCUCCUUUCUUAAUUAAAGAUGCUAGUAUUCGUAUG